AUGAAGAGCUUUGUCCUUCAGGCGGCCCUCGCUGGCGCAGCCCUCGCAGCCCCGAGUUCGUUCAUUGACACCGUCUCUGAGCGUGCCACCAACAGCUGCAAGUGCUUCCCUGGAGACAGUUGCUGGCCUUCGCAGGUAACUUGGGAUGCCCUCAACACCACUGUUGGAGGUAACCUGAUCGCCACUGUUCCCCUGGGUUCUCCUUGCCAUGAUCCUACCUACGAUGCCGCGACCUGUGCCACUUUGCAGAGCAAAUGGCAAGACUCUGAGAUUCAUAUGGAGUCUUCCUCCUCCAUUAUGGCUCCCUUCUUCGCCAACCAGAGCUGCGACCCCUUUCAACCGCAGUCUCGUGCCUGCCUGUUGGGUAACUAUGUCGUCUACGCUGUUGAUGCAAAGACCCCUGAGCACAUCCAGGCCACCAUUGCCUUCGCCAAGGAGCACAACAUCCGCUUCGUGGUCCGUAACACCGGUCACGACUACCUCGGUCGUUCCACAGGUGCUGGAGCUCUCUCCGUAUGGACUCAUCACAUGAACAGCGUCAGUAUCGUUGACUGGAACACGGCUGCGUAUACUGGCAAGGCCGCCAAGAUUGGCGCGGGUACCCAGGGUUUCGAGGUCAUGGAAGCUGCCCACAAUGCUGGUCUUGCUAUUGUUGGAGGCGAGUGUCCGACUGUCGGUAUCGCUGGUGGCUACACCCAGGGUGGCGGUCACUCUGCUCUUUCCACUUCCUUUGGUUUGAGUGCUGAUAACGUUCUCGAAUGGGAGGUCGUCACCGCCGAUGGCAAGCUUCUGACCGCAUCCAAGACCGAGAACGACGACCUUUUCUGGGCUCUCUCCGGUGGUGGUCCUGGCAACUGGGGUGUCGUGACCUCCAUGACUGUCAAAGCCCACCCGGACGCCAAGUUUGGAGGUGCUACUCUCGUGAUCCAGGCUGCUGAGAACGACAACGAGGCGUUUUUCAACGCUAUUGACGCCUUCCAUGAGGAGCUGGCAGGCAUGGUUGACGCUGGAACCAUGGUUGUUUACUACUUUGCCGCGGCCUUCUUCCAGAUCGCCCCGUUGAACGCAUACAACAAGACUGCCGACGAGGUCAAGACCAUCCUGGCUCCCUUUGUCUCCCGCCUUGAGGCCCUCGGUAUCAAGUACACCGUCAGCUACUCCGAAUACGAAAGCUACUACAACCACUACGACAAGUUCUUCGGCCCCCUGCCCAUCGGCAACAUCCAGGUCGGCAUUGCGCAGUAUGGCGGUCGUCUGAUUCCCCGCGACAACAUCACCAACAUCGGCUCCUUUUCUCGCAGCAUCGCUGCCAAGGGCGCCACUUUCAUUGGCGUCGGCACUGAUGUUGGCAAGUUCGGCAACAAGGACACCAACUCUGUUACCCCCGCCUGGCGUAACGCCCUUGUCCAUGCUACCCUUACCACCGUGUGGAGCUUUACUGCUCCCUGGGAAGACAUGCUCGCCAACCAGAAUCUGAUGACCAACGUCCUUAUGAAGGAGAUCGAGGCCUUGACCCCGAACGGUGGCGCCUAUAUGAACGAGGCCGACUUCCAACAGCCCAACUUCCAGAAGGAGUUCUUUGGCAACAACUACAAGUCUCUUUUGUGCCUGAAGCAGAAGUGGGACCCUGAGGGAUUCUUCUAUGCUCGCAACGCUGUUGGAAGCGAGCAAUGGAGCGUUGCCAGCAAUGGCAGGAUGUGCCGUGUUUAA